GAUGGCGGAGCUCAUGCUCCUCAGCGAGAUUGCGGACCCGACGCGAUUUUUCACGGACAACUUGCUGAGCCCGGAGGACUGGGACUGCGCCCUGUACACCGGCCUGGAUGAGGUGGCUGAGGAGCCGACGCAGCUCUUCCGCUGCCCGGAGCAGGACGUCCCGUUUGGCAGCAGCAUGCUGGAUGUGGGGAUGGAUGUCAGCCCCCCCGAACCUCCAUGGGACCCCCUUCCUAUCUUCCCGGAUCUUCAAGUGAAGUCUGAACCAUCUUCUCCCUGCUCUUCCUCCUCUCUCAGCUCCGAAUCCUCGCUUCUUUCCACAGAGCCCUCCAGCCAGGCCCCUGGUGUAGGGGAGGUACUAGUUGUGAAGAUAGAGUCCUUGGCACCCCCACUCUGCCUCCUGGGAGAUGAUCCAACAUGCCCGACUGAAACUGUCCAGAUCAAUAUGGGCCCCACCUCUGAUGAUCCCUCAGGUGUCCAGACCAAGACAGAACCUGUCUCUCCAUCUUCCUCCAUCAACUCUGAGGCUUCCUUGGUCUCCGCAGAUUCCCCCAACCAGACUUUUAUAGGAAAGGAGGUACUGGAAGUGAAGACAGAGUCUCCAGCUCCUCAAGGGUGUCUCCUACGGGAUGUCCCAGGCCCCCCGCUUGGAGCUGUCCAGAUCAGCAUGGGUUCAUCCCCCGAUGGCUCCUCAGGCAAAGCCCUGCCUGCCCGGAAGCCACCACUGCAGCCUAAACCUGUGGUGAUAACCACUGUCCCAGUGCCACCUAGAGCCAUGCCUCCCAGCACCGCUGUCCUUUUGCAGCCCCUUGUCCAGCCACCUCCAGGUAUUGAGGAAGGAAAGAAGGAGUUGGGCUGGAUUGACUUUCUAAGGGAGCUCACAGCCACUGAGGCCCUUGGGUGCUUAGGUGUGGACACAGAACCCCACUUCACUUACAGCUCUCUGACCUCUUUCUCCUGCUCACUUGUCCCAGUGUCCCCAGUUGUCCUUAUUCAAGGUGCUAUACGAGUCCAGCCUGAGGGGCCAGCCCCCCCUGCUCCACGGCCUGAGAGGAAGAGCAUUGUUCCAGCUCCUAUGCCUGGGAACUCCCGCCCACCUGAAGUGGACGCCAAGCUGCUGAAGCGGCAGCAGCGAAUGAUCAAGAACCGGGAGUCAGCUUGCCAGUCCCGGAGGAAGAAGAAGGAGUACCUGCAGGGGCUGGAGGCGAGGCUGCAGGCUGUCCUCGCUGACAACCAGCAGCUGCGCCGGGAGAAUGCUGCCCUCCGGCGGCGGCUGGAAGUCCUGUGGGCCGAGAACAGCGAGCUCAAGUUAGGGUCUGGAAACAGGAAGGUGGUCUGCAUCAUGGUCUUCCUUCUCUUCAUUGCCUUCAACUUUGGGCCUGUCAGCAUCAGUGAGUCUCCUUCAGCUCCCGUCUCUCCUCGGAUGAGUGGAGAGGAGCCUCUACCCCGGAGACACUUGCUGGAGUUCUCAGCACAGUUACCCGUUCAUGGAGCUGAGCCCCUCCAGGACUCCUCCCAGGGCCCCGAGGAGCCCCAGGCCAGCUUCAAGGGCCGGCCAAGUUUCAGGAACCUGACAGCUCUCCCUGGGGGUGCCAGGGAGCUGCUGCUGAGAGACCUGGACCAGCUCUUCCUCUCCUCGGACUGCCGGCACUUCAACCGAACCGAGUCCCUGAGGCUUGCUGAUGAGCUGAGCGGCUGGGUGCAGCGCCACCAGAGAGGCCGGCGGAAGAUGCCCCGGAGGGCCCAGGAGAGACAGGGAACAAGGGAACGUUCUGGGGGUUUUGAGGAUCAAGUCCUUGUAGAGAUCCUUAGACACUUCUCCUUCCAGAAGUUUCAGGGAUGGAAGAAGUUGCCUCCAGUUAAGGCAGUCCCCACUCAACCCCCGGGGCCCCCAGAAAGGGAUUCUGUGGGCCAGCUGCAGCUGUAUCGCCACCCGGACCGUUCACAGCCAGAGUUCCUAGAUGCAAUUGACCGACGGGAAGACACAUUUUAUGUUGUCUCCUUCCGGCGGGACCACCUGCUGCUCCCAGCCAUCAGCCACAACAAGACCUCUCGGCCCAAGAUGUCCCUGGUGAUGCCCGCCAUGGCCCCCAAUGCCUUUCCCUCCCUCCCUCUCCAUGUCUACCCUUAUCCUCACAAGGUCAGGACAGGAACUUGGAGGUUCAUUCAAGGAUGGAGACCUGGAGCUGAAGUCACUGGACCAGGGUUCAGACAACAGCAGAGCAUGUGGACAGUUCUCGACAAUACCCCUUUCUGCCUGCCACCCGACACCUCAGUGAAGGUGACCCACUUGGACCACUAGGCUCCCCUGCCUUACGCCUGGGGCUCCCCUACCAGAAGCUCUCCCGUCUUCUCUCCCAGACCUUUCACAGUUCAGUGUCGACAGGCACUUAACCAGGCACCUGCUCUGCAAGGCCUGGCACUUUCCUGACAUGCAAAUGGGAGAUAAGCUCCUGGGGGGACAUGAGAGCCUGAAGUCUGGGGCUUCAAAUCCAGGGCAUCGAAUCUCAGAACCUGAGUUGUGUCUGUGAAGCUUCCUCAGGUGCCUCGUGAGCUUGUAGAUGUGCGGGGUCCAUCUCCCUGGUGUGGACUUUGAGGGCCCUCCUUCCAGCCCCUGCUCCUCCUUAGGGUCUCCUGGCUACUCUGGGCCACCUAUACUUGUGGUGGCCAUACCUCCUAACUAAAAAACAACAUAUAAGACACAGGACCAAGAAAAAUGGAUAUGACACAAUUGCUAAAACCUGGAGCAUUGGAUAAGACUGUUCUCUGCAGUUGGCUCCCUAUGUCCUGCUGUUCCAGACCCUCACCCACCCUCGCCCAGAGGUCUCAGGGCUGUGGGGGCUCCAGGCCAAGACAGCGGAAGGAAGCUGCGCCCAGCUUCAUCCAAGAUUCUGACUUCAUCUUCCCCAUCAAAGCCAGGAAAAAACAGACACACACCCAGACAUACGGGGACACCCACGCAAGCCUAUCCCCAGCCAUGGGGAGCUCACUGGGCAUCUGGCACAGCUACAUGCUGGCCCAGUGUGCCCUGACCCAGCACCACACACCUGUGGCUGUUGGCACCUGUGCCCCAACCCAAGGGGCAGAAUCCGGCACAUCUAGGCCCUUGCACAUCCUUUCUCCAAUGACUCGCCAGUCUAUCCAUGAGGGGUGCAGCGGGAUAGCAGGAACUCUGUCCUCUGUUCCCUCUGCCUGGCUACUUCUGUGUCAAGUGGGCUUCUCAGCCCCUGAUCAGGGCAGCAGCACAUGGGGACCCAGCAGCUGUGUGUGGGUGUGUUCGAUGCCUGCUCUCAGGUGUAGGUCUUUGCAUCUCCGCCUCCAGCCCCCAACUGUCCCUAUCCUCCUGCUUCCCUGGAGCCUCCAGACAGUAGCCCUUCUGCUUUGCACAGCUCCACCCAUACCUGCCUCUGAUGCUCGAUGCCUGAACUCCCCCUAACCUCAGGUUUCCCUCCAUGGCUCUCCUGAACUCCAACUGCUUUCCCAAGUCUUUUACAUCCUGGUGUUCAGCCAGUGACCGAGCCUCAUCUGUCAUUUCUGUGGGAAUUCGCUGAGGUGGGAGCGUGGAAAGGGGGCAGCGAUUGGAGCUGAGAAGAGGAGGUGGA